UCAUUUAUUUUGUGUAACAGGCAAUUCAGGUAGUUAUGCAACUGAUUCAACCAUUUCUAAAUUCAUAUUCAAAGUCAGAAAAGGUACAUUUUUCUAUUUAUUUUUGAAUAAAUUAAAGAUAUACUAUUGAUUAAAAUGUAUGUCAGAAAUAUACUGCAGAUAUCCUACAUCCCACAAACUGUUAAUAAAAGAUGUUCCUAUUUUUCUCGCGUGUUAGGUUAUGUUUCCCCCUGAACUAUUUUUAAUCGAGUCUUUUAUUUUGAAGUCGCAAACGGAAGUGUUCUUUGCCUACAACAGGCUGCGGCUUGACGCUGGUCGGGUCCGCGGACGCUGCCUUGGAAACGACAUAAAUCCAGUCCACGCAGCUGGGUUGCGAGCAGGGCCCCAGAUUUCCUCACUUCAAAGGCUUUCGCUCCUCUUCCUCCUCCUCCUCCUCCUCCUCCUCCUCCACCUCCUCUCUCCAUCCAUCCAUCCAUCCUCCGAGCUGCGAACAUGGACGAGCUGAAAUGAAAUGCGGGAGCAGGAGAGACGGAACGGAAAGAGAACCAUUUAAAUAAGCGAGAGAAGAAGAAGCAGCAGCAGAAGAAGAAGGUGAGGCCAGGCGUAGACCAGCAUGCCGUUGGUGAAGAGGAACAUCGAGCCCAGGCACCUGUGCCGCGGGGCGCUGCCGGACGGGGUGACCAGUGAGCUGGAGUGCGUCACCAACAGCACCCUGGCAGCCAUCAUCAAACAACUGGGCAGUCUGAGUCGCCACGCAGAGGACAUUUUCGGAGAGCUGUUUAACGAAGCCAACAGCUUUUACCUGAGGAUGAGCAGCCUGCAGGAGAGGGUGGACCAGCUGGCUGUGAAAGUCACCCAGCUCGACUCCACCGUGGAGGAAGUCUCCCUGCAGGACAUCAACAUGAGGAAGGCCUUUAAGAGCAGCACCAUCCAGGACCAGCAGGUGGUGUCCAGGACCUCUGUCCCCAACCCUGUGGUGGAGAUGUACCAUCGCUGCGACAAACCUCCACCGCUCAACAUUCUCAGCCCGUAUAGGGAUGACAAGAAGGAUGCGCUGAAGUUCUACACUGACCCCUCCUACUUCUUCAACCUGUGGAAAGAGAAGAUGCUGCAGGCCACCGAGGACAAACGCAAGGAGAAGAGGCGGCAGAAGGGCUGUCCGGCCCACCCUGACAGGCCCCACUCCAGACAGGCCCCACCCAGGAGCCCCCUGUCCAUCUCUGAGCAGCAGAGGCAGGUCGAGGACCCGAGCCGAGAGGUGAAGAAGGUGCGUAAGGCUCGUAACCGGCGUCAGGAGUGGAACGUCCUGGCCUACGACAAAGAGUUCAGACCGGACGCGAGGCUCACGCCCUCACCUUACCACGGCAUGUCCUCUGAAGGCUCCCUGUCGCCUGAUAGCAGAUCAAUGGCGUCUGACUCCUACCCAGCAAGCCCCAACCACCCCUCCACCCAGGCCCCCAGCGCCGCCCACCCCGCUGACCACCACGCCAGGGAUCACCUCAGCGCCGCGGCCCAGACCCAGUCGCUGGAUCGGGGCCUCAGGCCGGCCAACCAGCCUCCAGGGGCGGGAGGGCCCCCGGGGAGGCACGUGGCCUCCUUGGGCAGGACCCCCUCGGGACACGGGGUCCAGGCCGGCGGAGAUCCAACGGUUAACGGGCCGAGGCAGCCGUCGGUUAAGGAUUACCGGGCUGGACACGGUGGCCAGCCCUCCACCAUCCCCGAGUACUACAUCCCACCCGCCCCUCCCCCGCCUCCUCCGACCAUCCCCUCCGCCCAGACGGCCUUCGACUCCGCCACGGCCCCACCUUCCGCCGCCGCCGUCUCGGCCGUCCCCCCGACCUCUGCUACCCUCUCCCGCCCCUACUCUCCCUCCCCUCCCCCUCCCCCGGCCAACUACGUGCCAUCCCCCUCCCACCCGCCGUCGGGCGCGCCCCCGGCCGCCCCUCCGCCCCCUCCGCCCGGGGCCCCCGCAGGCCACCAGGCCCACCCGUCCCCGCCGCAUGCCGCUGUGGGCCAGUCGGCCGGGGACGCGGCACCACAGACGAGGAAGUCCACCAUGCUGGGGAUGAUCCCGAUGAGCGACGCCCGCUCCGACCUGCUGGCCGCCAUACGUAGAGGUAUCCAGCUGAGGAAGGUGCAGGAGCAGAGGGAGCAGGAGGCGAAGAGGGAGCCCGUGGGCAACGACGUGGCCACCAUCCUGUCGCGCCGUAUCGCGGUGGAGUACAGCGAGUCCGACGACGACUCCGAGCUCGACGAGAACGAGUGGUCCGACUAAAAAAUACAAAAAGGGAGAGAGUGAGAUGGAGACGGGAGGCUUGGUGGGUGGUGACACUGGAUGGAAGUGGGGGAGAAAUGAAGGUGGAAAUGAAGGGGUUCGGUUUGUUAGUCAUUAACAUUCAACAAAAAGUAAAAUCCAGUCAUGCACUGACACACACACUCCACAUGCACGGCCUGUUGCGGCCUCUCUCAACGUCAAGCACUUCAGCAGCAACAGGUCGGCGAUUUCAGCUUGCUUGGUUGCCCCUGACGACGCCUGUUCUUGAACUGAGCAAGAGGUUUGCGUGUCUAGCCGCCCGUGGCGUGUGGCGCAAUAAACACACACAGACGUGCACACACUUGCAUUCGCACCAUUUCGACACCCUCCCGCCCCCGUCCGCUCAUUUUUAUCCACCAACACUGAGCUGUGAAAAACAAAAACGCGCCAACUCCUCCCUCCCUGCACAUUUGAGUGAUAAUUAUUAGCAAUAUUACAGGCGCUUAAACUGUAGGUAGGUGGGCUCCCAGUGAGUACGGGGGGUAAUGUGUUUACACAACACAUGGUAUAGCACAAGAUAAACUAAUUAUAGUGCAAUCUUAACUUAUCUGCCAAAUGUUGAGAAAGAAUUUAUGAAACAAGUCGUGGAUAAUCAGGGAAAAAAAUAAAAAUAAAACUCUCCUUAAGAGACUACAGCAGAUUUCUGGGAGUUUGGUUAUUUUAACCAACAUGAAACAACAGAAUCAGUGUGAACUUUAUCUCUGUGUGGCUGGAUAUAGCGUAAUGCUAACUGUGUCGUUACCGAGCUUCGUUUAAAUGUCUAAAAUCAAGAUUCAUUAAAUAUGAGAAGGUGCUUUUUGUUCAAAACUAGAUAUUUGAAGUCGACCUCCAGCAGAGCUAAUGAUGUUCUGCCAUUGAUUUGUCAGUGAUUUAAGUUUAAAUGACACUUCCUGUCAGGAGGUAGGUUUGAAACAGAAAGGAAGAUUCAGCAGCUGGAGGAUAAAUCAAGAUUAGCUGUUUCUGUGCAACACAGAGGAGUAUAAUUCCAGUUUUAAGAAUUUAAAUAAUCUUCUAAGAAAUGACUUUAAGAGAGAAAACCAAUGCCAAGUUUGGUUUGCUAAAGAUAAGUAUAUUUUUUAUUAAUGCUGUUUACAAUUGGUGAAAGGCCCGGUGGUUUUUUUUUUUUUUUUACCACAUGUGAAAAGUAACUUUAACUUUAGUUAUGUUUAGUUUACUAGCAAAUGAAAAAUCUUUAUGUUUCUCAGUUGAUCAAAAUUCAAAAUACAGACCUGUUUGUGCUGUUUCCAGCUAAAACAGAUGUAAACAAACCUUAAAAAUGGAUCUUUUAUUUGUGAUCGUCACCUCAUUAUAAAAGAUCAAUUAUAAAAGAUUAAGAUUUUUAUCAUUUUUAUUUAUUCUUUUACAUCAACAGGUCAUUGAGAUCCAAAUCAAAUACUAGUUUUUCCAUGUUGUGUUUAAUGUCUAGUGACCUGACGUUAGAAACCAAACUCCCAUGAAGUCAGCGUAGUCCUUGAUCUCAUACCUUUAACAGUGUGAUAUACCGUAGUUCUCCCAUCGAGGUAGUGUAAAAAAACUGUGGUGAAAGACGCCACCCACCAGGAUUUCGCUGGUUUGGGAGAAGACGAGCGGCACCAGCCUUGUCAGAGUUUAGUGAUAACUCAUCAUUCAGCCUCCAUAUCACAGCAUCGAACAACAAAGCGAGCGAGCGAGCUUAAUGCCAUAUUUUCUUAUUUUUAUUUUUUUGGUCUUUUGUAGUCAUCCAUAACUCGAAGCCUAACAUUUCAGCCAGUGACUGUGUGCUGUGGUAUUGGUCUUUAUAUAAACGCUUCCACACUUAACCUCCACAACCGGAGCCGCGCUCACAAAGCUUCAAGUCAUCCUGGCCCAGGGUCAAAGGUCAUAUGACCUUACGCGCUCUCUGACGACCCUGGAUCUGUGGAGGCUUUGUGAAUGCAGCUCCUGGACUAUAAAUACAUAAGUGUAAGAGACUUGCAACAGUAAUAUACAGUAUAUUAUCUAUCUCUUUUCAGUAUAGGUUUGGCUAAUCCUCAGUAUGAGCUGAUUGGACUGUAGUGUUUUUAUAAUGUGGUUUUUCUUUUUAAAACGUGCUGCAGUGAGUUGUUCACUUUGGUUUAUCUUAGGGUUUUCUACUGUCUCGGCCAGGACGGAGGUACAGGAUAAAACAGUUUAAUUAAAGAAGCAGUUAAAGGAAGAGUCCAAUUAAAAAAAAAAGAAAAAAUAAGACUCACGUUGUGAUAAUCUACUCUCGAGCCAAAGCAAAUGAUUUCAUUGUUUUUAAUCCAGAGCGACAGUGAUUUCUGAUGAUUUUGCAGUUCGUGGUGUUGGCCCACCUUAACAGCAAAGCAUUCUGGGAAGUGUAGUGCUGCUCAUAUCCAUCUGGUGGCACUGCAGCAGAUGCUGCGCUGCAGUAGCAUCUUAAUAUGAAAGAUGCUCGCUGAUACUGUGUCAUUUUUCAGACUUUUAUUUGUCCGUUUGUGUUCACGCGAGCAAAACAUGCACUUCAAACUGUUUCUGAUAUGCAGGAAACCAGUCACACUGCUCUGUGUAUUAAAUAACCUUGUUACCUUAAUUAAAUGACCAGUCAUUAGCUGUGUUUUCUUCUGUUGUGAAGUGAAUAUCAGAGCGUAACCACAAAAAAAAAAGCAGACUACAGUUCAAUGUGCAGUUACAACCUGCUUCACACUGAAAUGUAGAGAGAGACAUGCUGUUAUAUGUAACAUAAAAACAUUUCCAACCAUGUUUUGCCCAAUUUUAAGAUAGAUAUUUUGACGCCAGCACAUCUAAUCUCAAAUUUAAUUGAUGUUUUUUGUAAUUAUCAGAUGAAAAGUAAGACAGAUGGGAAAAAAAACAAACAAACAGAGAGCAGGUGUCUUUCAAAUAUCUGAGACUGUUUCGAGUGCAUAGUUGUUGCACAGGUUAGAGGUUCUUACCCUGUUGGUUUACUACAGAAAGGGAUGGGGCUCAGAAGUAGUCAUUUUGUUGUUGUAUAUAAAAACCACACAGUAGUUGAGGGAACAGCUCACUCAGUAACUGCACUCUGUCGGAAGAAUAAAAACACAGCUGGAUUAAGGACUGUACGAUGUGUCAAUGAGGUUUUAAGGAACUGUGCCAACACCUGCGUCUAUGGACGUUAUCAUUAUCAAAGCAAAAAAAAAAAAAAAAAGCACAUAUGAACAUAUGAACAGCUAGAUUUGUGGAUUUGCUGUAAACCUGGGUUGAAUUUCACAAGACAAAUGAGACAGUUUAGUUCGCGGCAUCAAAUCCAUACCAACCCCGAAUGAACACAAAUCAGGAGAAAACACAACCCAGGUCUGAUUGUUUAACUUGUGGUUUUGUUGUUAUGCAAGAGCCAUAGAUAUACACAGUCCCUGAAAUUUAGCCUGCAGUUUUGGAUCCAAGCACUUCAUGGCCUUUCAGUGUCCAAGAAUGUAAAGCUGUGACUGUAAAACACGUCCUGUCUCGUCGGAUGAUAAAACACUGGUCCUGUCAGUACUUAGAAACUGGAAACACUUGUCCACAGUUAUAACUGGGAGACAAAAUGCAGCAAAACUUUAUUUAAUAGUUUAAAAAUGGAAACCCAAGGCGCCAAAGGCAGAGAUUUCAAACCAACCACCACCUUGUGUAUCUAUGGCUACUGGCUCGUAAGAAUAACUUCAUUAUGUGUUGAAAAUGUGAGAAAUGAAUCAUGUUGUAUAGACUUUUGGUUAAGGCAGCCUGUAAAGUAAAAUACAUUUGGAGUAAUAUAACCUAGACAAUGAAACAAAAUAAAACUGUGUAUUGCACACUAAAACCAACUGUAAGCAAGUAUGCAUGUAACUAUAGACAAUAAAUGGUGAACAAAAUUGUA